AAUUGAAGGUGUUUGUAAAUGCGAUAAUAAUCUACGCAAUGUAAGUAAGAUGUCAUAGUAAUGUCACUACAAGCAUCAGGAUAUAGUGACUGAGCUUUUUAGACAAUAGUAACUCCAGCAAAGCAGAUAAACACAAGAAAAGUGCUCAGCUUCCCAGUUCAGCCCUCCCCCAUCUGCAAACUCCACCUCUGGCUGGUGGAGUUGGUAUUCAGCCUCCACAGGCAAUAAUAAUAAUAAGGAGACAAGGCUGCAGUGUGCACGUCACAGGCUCUGCUCACUCAUUCUGCAGUAUAGGCAUCUGGAAAAAGACUGCAGUAUUGGACCUAUGUCGUAGUCUGGACCCAAACACCGGUAUCAGUCACUGGAACAGUUUGGACACUGUCUUCAGCAAAACCAUCUGAAAAUCCUGUGCCCCAGGAGUCUGGAAUACAACCUGUAUGAGUGCAACUAUUCUGUACUUACUUUGUGUCCUGUGGUCAGCUCUGCUUGUUCUUGCUGCUGUGCUGUCAGUUCCUUUAACUUGGAAAGGAAAGAGUUAAAAGAGCAUUCGCAUGGGGGCUCCACUCUGAAUACCCACUGUCAUUGUCUAUGGGACCUAAAUUGUUAAUACUUUCAAGGCACACAUCUGAGUGGACUGUGACUUACCUGGAACAGUAAAGGCUGUGACUUACCUGGAACUUUCCUAUAGGCUGCCCUCCUGUGUGAUUCCAGUUGUGGAUUAGGUCUCCAGAACUUGUUGCUUUUUGGGCAGCAACAAGAAUCUACCACAGUGCCAUCUAGGUGAUGCUUAGUAAUGUGGCAGCAGUAAUCCAUUGGGUUGUGCAACAGUGAUCCCAGGAUUUUGUGGCUCUACUCUUGGAUUUGUGGUAGAGAUGCAGGCACCACUGGGGAAGCACCUUUUCCUCCUGGUGAUCAACUCACUAUUAUUUGGAAGAGAUAACUACGUAUUGGGUGAAAGCGUUGAACUCCAUACAUUAGGAUUACUGGCAGAAGAUGAAAGACACAGACUUACUCAGCUUUUUCUGGGAGACAUUAUAACAAGUCCAGUCCCCAACAUUCAGUUAACCAAGCCUUCCCCAAGCAUCAAAUUUAUCCCUACAGUGCGUAAUAUUGCUCUUUCUGAGCACAAAGAUGUCAAGUUCAAUUGUUCCAUUGAAGUUCCUAGUCUGGAUAAUGGAGAACAGAUAACAUGGUGGAAGAACGGACAGUUGAUCUCCCAUUCUGAACGCAUUUCUGUCCAGUCUUUUGAUGUCCCUGAUGGUGCAAUGACCACUAUGCUAUCAUCAUGCAGCAUUACAGGUGUGCAGAGGUCUGAUAAUGGAACGUAUACCUGUAAAUUAAAAAUCAAGGAUGAAGAGAUAGUCUCAGAUCCCAUCUACAUCACGGUGGAAGGCCUUCCACAUUUUAUUCAACAACCAGAGACCUUAAAUGUCACUAAGAACACUCCAUUUAAUCUCACCUGUGAGGCUGUUGGACCCCCUGAACCUGUGGAAAUCUACUGGUAUCGGAAUAGUACACGGAUCAAUGAUAUUCCUGAUGUGUCGCCUGCUGUACUUCAAGUACUGGGGUUGGAUCAUCCUGCAACAUACAGUUGUGAAGCACAUAACAAGAAAGGAUUGACUGCCUCCAAUAAUGUGAACAUAAACCUAAAAGGGGUUCCUUCUCCCCCAUUCGAUGUAAAGGCCUUCAGAAUAUUAUCAAAUAGCAUCCAGCUUUCCUGGGCCUCUGGUUUUGAUGGGUAUUCUACCAUAAGCCUCUGCAGUAUACAGGUGAAGGAAAUAAAAAAUGCUAGCUUUCCAGUGCUGUAUAAUACAUCAGUACCUCCUUUUACAUAUAGUAUCAGUGAUCUCAGCCCAUUCACUCUAUACAAUAUUAGUGUUUCCUGCAUGAAUGAAGUUGGCUGGUCCUUGCCAAGUUCUUGGAUUGUGGCUAAAUCAACAGAAGGAGCUCCAUCGAUUGCUCCUCAAAACAUUACAGUAACUGUAAAUGGCUCCAACUCUUUGAAAGUCAUAUGGACACAGCCUCCCCUUAGCGCUGCAAAUGGAGCUCUGCUGGGCUAUAAAGUAAAGCUCCUAUGGAAAGUCAAUGGAAAGCAAAACAUAGCCCAUAUUGAACACUCCAAUACAACUACUCUGGUCAUUCCAAUUCAGACGACCAAUUCUACUUGCACAGUGUCUGUUGCGUGCCUCACCGUGGGAGGUCUUGGACCCUACAGCCAAGCAGUCAAUGUUGCCAUUCCAAGUGAUGGUUCAUCAGCAUCUGCAACAAUCUCAACUCCAGGCCCUGGUGAAGUCAGCCCCUACAUGAUACUACUUGGCUUUAUAUGUGUAUUAAUGAUCAUUCUCCUUCUCAUUUAUGGUGUAGUCAAAUACAUAAGUAGAAAAAAGGAGAUAGAAUUUGGGCAGGCAUUUGUCAGUUCAGAUGAUUCGGACAUUGUAGUUUACAAGGCAAAGAAGUCCUAUAACAGAAAAGGCAUUGAACUGACAUUGAGUACUUUGGGGAUCAGUGAAGAUCUUAAAGAGAAGUUGGAAGAUGUGAUGGUUGAGAGGAGCCUGCUAUCCCUUGGGAAAGUGUUGGGAGAGGGUGAAUUUGGAUCUGUGAUGGAGGGAGAACUGCGAUAUCCUGAGGACGUAACUCAGAAAGUAGCUGUGAAAACCAUGAAGUUGGACAACUUUUCACAGAGGGAAAUAGAAGAAUUCCUAAGUGAAGCAGCCUGUAUGAAAGAUUUCAACCAUCCUAAUGUGAUUAAAUUGCUUGGCGUCUGUCUAGAAGUGGGUCCUAGAAGAACCCCAAAACCCAUGGUCAUAUUACCAUUUAUGGAGUAUGGGGAUCUGCACAGUUUUCUUCUCUCAUCUAGAAUUGGAUAUGGACCUAAACACGUACCUCUGCAGACUCUUGUUAAAUUUAUGGUUGACAUUGCUACUGGAAUGGAGUACCUCAGCAAUAAAAACUUCCUACACAGAGACCUGGCAGCACGGAACUGCAUGUUGAGAGAUGACAUGACUGUGUGUGUUGCUGAUUUUGGCCUAUCUAAAAAAAUAUAUAGUGGUGAUUACUACCGUCAAGGACGAAUUGCAAAGAUGCCUGUAAAAUGGAUUGCCGUGGAAAGUCUCGCUGAUCGCAUCUACACUGUAAAAAGUGAUGUGUGGGCGUUUGGUAUCACAAUGUGGGAAAUCGUAACCAGAGGGAUGACGCCCUAUCCAGGGGUCCAGAACCAUGAAAUAUAUGACUAUUUACUUCAGGGACAUAGACUAAAGCAACCAGCAGAUUGUAUGGAUGAACUGUAUGAAUUGAUGUAUCUGUGCUGGAGAACGGACCCAGUGGAUCGACCUACAUUCACGGAACUAAAAUAUAAGCUGGAGAAGUUCCUUCAAGAACUUCCUCCUGCGAUGAACAAGGAAGACAUUAUUUAUAUUAACACAAGCUUACCAGAGGACAGUGAGCUUUUCACACAAGAUCCAGACAUAAGUGAGAUAUCCUUGGAUGUAGAUUCCAAGUAUGUACAUAUUACUCCCUCCAGAUCUGACACAACUAUGGUCACUGUGGAGGUCCAUGGUUGUAGUUUUGAUGAAGAAAGGUAUAUCUUAAAUGGUGAAACUGAAGAAUUGGCAGCAACUGAAGAAUUGGCAAACCAAGCUUGCGCUCCACUUCUACAUGACAGUAUGCCACGUAACAGAGUGCCAUGGUGUGAUAGCAAUACUCUUCUGGAUGGCAAUUCAUUGACUGAAGACCUUCUCUAUGCUGAUGACUCAGCAGAGGACUCAGAAAUUGCAGUAUAGAUCUCCAAACCAAUAUCAUACCUGUUCUUCCAAGUUAAGCAUGUCUUACCUUGUCUUACUUGCUUAACAUUUACUGCCUUUAUUUUCUAUAAGUAUACAGUUUCGAGAGUAUUAUUUUAAAUUCAAUUAAUGUAAAUACCAUGCAGUAUUCUGUAAAGAGAUAUAAUUGAUGUACAUAUAUAGAUGAUUAUAUAAAUAUAUAGAUUUAUAUUGAUGCAAGAAAUUGGUGUAAAUAUUUAGCUUGUACAUAUGACUUAAAGUGCUUCAAGACAUCUCUACUGGGUUUCAGAAUUGUGCCUUAGUUAUGCCUAGUAGGGUUUGUGUUUCAAAAGACACACUGAAAAACCUGUCUACCUCCCCUCCCUAUCUGUUCUUAGGAUAGGCUAAGAAUGUGUGAUCUUUAGGGGCAAACCUUGGGACCAGUAAACAAAAUGAAGGGGUAUAUUGGUGCUCCAAGCAGGCUCUUAAUAAACAGACAUCCAUACGCGAUUGGCUACUUCCCUUUUUGGGGGUUGGUCCUCGGGGGUGGUCCCACAGAUCAUACAUUAAAGAAGCACUCUUAAAAUGUUCUUUACCCUCCUGACAUUAGUAUGGUAAGGUUUAACAGCCACCCUUCUUCCCUUUUUCAACCAAGGGGCUCAGUUCCCCCAUUCCAGUUCUCACUUCUUUCAAAAUGACCAGUUGAUUCAUACAGCACUUGCUGUAUCAGACUGAAAGUUACUUUUUCCUGGAGUUCUUCUUUAAUGGCCUGGCCUGUAUGAAAUCCUAGAAAACCGUUUUAACUAUAGAGAGCCCUCCCCUUGCUUUCAGGGGUUUUAAUUUUGUUUAUCCAAAUACUUCUAUAUUGAAUAUAGGGCAUUUACAGCAAGAUCUGACAGAGCAAAUAAAUCACUUUAAUACAGUUCUUAAAGGGAACCUGUCACCAGUUUUAUUUUAUGCUGCUCAAACUGCAGGCAGAAUAAUGAUGGUGUGAUUUCUACACACUGUUAUACUGAGACACUAGGUGUUUCAGAGUAGUCCUCAUUUAAAUAUGGCACUAAGACCCGGGUAACUAGUCCUAGGGGCAGGUCUGGGAGGGUUCUCCCCGCCCUGUAGGCUUGAGUGACAUUUCUCUUCCUAGCAGUGUAGACUAGUUACCCGAGUCCAUGCAGCAUUUUUAAACUAUGACUUCUCUGAAAAGAUAGAGCAUCCCAGAGUAAUUCAUAGUAUUGUUGAUCUUUAUUGGUAACAAAAAAUAGCAUGAAAACAAGUAAAAAACAUAUAAUAGUGGGGUACAACAGAAUACACAGGUAGAAAAAAGCAGGAGGUGAGGGUAUGGGUAAAGUAAUCACCUUUGUACAGGUAUACAGCGGGGUGUAUGUAGUAACUGAAAGCAAGUAUCAGGUGAAACUGCAAUAAUAAAGUGCACAUUGGUGGUAAAUCACCAGUGUGACUGUGUAGGUACACAGAUGAAUAUAAUAUAAGUACAGUGGUCCCUCAACAUACAAUGGUAAUUCGUUCCAAACGACCCAUCGUUUGUCGAUUCCAUCGUAUGUUGAGGGAUUCGUGCAAUGUAAAGUAUAGGAAGUUAUACCUGUCCCCCGCCGCUCCGGACCGCAUCCUCACCGCUCCCGAUGCUGUCCCGCUGCUCCGACGUCUUCUUCGGGAUCCUCCGGCUUCUUCCGCAUCUUCCCCAGGGUCUGGGCCUUGCUUUCUGGUGACGUUAUUACGUUGCAGCGCCGGCACGGCGUGCGUAGCGACGUAAUAGCGAUGCCGGAAAGCGAGGCCCAGACCCUGGAGGAGAUGCAAAAGACGCCGGAGGAUCCCGAAGUGGACCCGGAGCAGCAGGGAUAGGUAAGUGAAUCUGUCCGGGAUGCUUAAACUGCUAUCCGACAGCAGCUUAAGCAUUUUGAGCUGUCGGAUAGCAGUUAAUGCGAUGGCCCCGACAUAUAAAAGCAUUGUAUGUCGAUGCUGACAUCGACAUGCGAUGGCCUCUGAGAGGCCAUCGUAUGUCAAUUUGCUCAUAUGUCGGGGCCAUCGCAUGUCAGGGGGUUACUGUAUAUAGGUCUCUAUGGGAGGGACAAUGGCUACUCCCCUAGGCAACAACAAUAUAACAUAAUGCAGGAUCAAUCAACAAUGGAUACCAGGACACCUGAACAUGCACCCCAAACGCGUUUUUACAAUGCUGCUUUGUCAGGGGUCACCCCCUGACAAAGCAGAAUUGCGAAAACGUGUUUGAUAAAGAUCAACAAUUUUCUUAUAUCUUUCUGACAUUUUGAGUGUUUUCUAUGGUCAAUAACGUUGGCGUAGAGAUUAUAUAUAUAUAUAUAUAUAGACCAUGUAAGUGAGGCUCUCGGAUAGCCAAUAUUUGUUUGGAUAAUUCAUAGUAUUCCGACAUUGCACUCUGCACCAGUUUUAUGCUGUCCAUGAUGUGUGCAGCAUGAAACAGAUGACAGGUUCCCUUUUAAAGGUCUCUUACAUUUCAGUGUAAAAAAAAAAAAAGCCUAUCCACUUUAUUAGGAAACGUUAUCCUACUUUCUGAUUUACUUUGUAUUUUAGCUCCUCACAAUUUUUAAGAUUUCUGCUUGUCUUCUGUGAAUGAAAAUAUAACUUAUUUUAAGAAGCUGUGUUCAUGUCCGAUUCACACGGGUGCAUGGUAUAUAAAAUGGGAUUGUAUAUAAUCAACAGGAUUUCUCGUCAAAACAUAUAAAACAUCCAUGGACUACACAUUUAGAAAUCAGAAAAAAAGUCUAUUAUCUUGUUUUACUAAUAAAGAUAUUUUUUCUUUUGCUAUGUGGCCAUUUUUGCAAAAAUUAUGACAAAAAGUGCAGCCAUAUUAGUUGUUACCUUAAAUUAGCUUUCCUGUAAGGCUAUGCUAACAUUAAGUUGUACGUUUAUGAUGUACGUUUAGCAUAUAUGUUGGGAAAGCUCUUAACAUACACAUUAAACAUGUCCGCAAAACUCUUUUGGUUUCC